UUUUUUUCUUUUUUUCUUUUGGUUUUGUUGCCUCCAAAUUUCCAAUAUAAAAUCCCCAUUUCCCAACUCUAAUUCUUACUGCAUUCCUUCAUCAUGAUGACAACUUCUCUUUUGCUGAAUUUUCUAAUUUCUCUGACCUUUCUCAUGUUUUCCUCUGCUUCUAACUUCUUCCAGGACUUCGAUAUCACAUGGGGAGAUGGGCGAGCCAAGAUUCUUGAGAAUGGUGAGCUUUUGACUCUCUCACUUGAUAAGGCAUCUGGGUCUGGUUUUCAGUCCAAAAGUGAGUAUUUGUUUGGUAAAAUUGAUAUGCAGUUGAAGCUUGUCCCUCGUAACUCUGCUGGCACUGUCACUGCCUACUAUCUUUCCUCAGAAGGGUCGAUGUGGGAUGAGAUUGAUUUUGAGUUUUUGGGUAACUUGAGUGGGGAACCUUACAUUCUUCAUACCAAUGUCUAUAGCCAAGGCAAAGGUGAUAAAGAACAGCAAUUCUAUCUUUGGUUUGAUCCCACUGCUGAUUUUCAUACCUAUUCUAUUCUUUGGAACCCCCAACGAAUUAUCUUCUCAGUGGAUGACACCCCAAUUAGAGAGUUCAACAACUCAGAAUCAAUUGGUGUUCCCUUUCCAAAGAAACAACCAAUGAGGAUAUACUCUAGCUUGUGGAAUGCUGAUAAUUGGGCCACAAGAGGUGGGCUUGUGAAGACAGAUUGGACCCAAGCCCCAUUUGAAGCUUCCUAUAGGAACUUCAGUGUUGAAAGUGAUUGUGUUUGGUCUUCUGAGUCAUCUUCUUGCACUUCCGUUUCAUCUUCUUCAUCCACAUCUGACCAAUGGAUUUCGCAAGACCUUAAUACAAUAAAUCAAAAAAGGCUGAAAUGGGUGCAAGAUAAUUACAUGAUUUAUAAUUACUGCACUGAUUUCAAGAGAUUUCCACAGGGCUUACCGCCUGAAUGUACUCCCUGUCCCUCUACCACCUAAGACAAAGAAAGUAACCGUUUUUUAGCUUCAAAGUCAUCCAGUGGCCACUCUUGUUUACAUAAUUUCAUUGAUUCGAGUUGUUCCGAGA